AUGGACAGCAAUUCCUAUGCAAAAACAAUAAUAGUCCCAGAUGGCGUUGGGGUGGUGUGGGAGCAAGCAAAGGCAGUGUUAAUGGUGCCAUUGCUAAGAGGUAUGGUGUGGGUGUGCUUGGCAAUGUUGAUCAUGACGCUGGCGGAGAAACUCUACUUGGGCGUGAUGGUUGCUUACCUCAAACUUUUCCGGCGAAGGCCGGAGAAGCAGUACAAGUGGGAGGCUAUGAAGAAGGAUAAUGAUUUAGAGGUUGGGGACUCGGCUUACCCCAUGGUUCUAGUUCAACUCCCGAUGUGCAAUGAGAAGAAGGUAUACCAACUGUCCAUUGGAGCUGCCUGCAGCCUUUCAUGGCCGGCGGAUCGAAUUAUAGUUCAAGUUCUUGAUGAUUCAAGUGAUCCUACAAUCAAGGAAUUGGUCCAAGAAGAGUGCAGGAAAUGGGCAGGGGAAGGAGUGAACAUAAAGUGUGAAAGUAGAGAGAACAGAAAAGGGUUCAAAGCAGGAGCCCUCAAGGAAGGAAUGAAGCAUAGCUAUGUAAAGCUGUGUGAAUAUGUUGUCAUCUUUGAUGCUGAUUUUCAACCCGACCCUGACUUCUUGUACCGCACCAUCCCUUAUCUCGUACAUAACCCCAACCUCGCCCUCGUUCAAGCUAGCUGGAAAUUUGUCAACUCUGACGAGUGCAUGCUAACAAGAAUGCAAGAAAUGUCAAUGGAUUACCAUUUCAGAGUGGAGCAAGAAGUUGGGUCUGCAGUCCAUGCAUUUUUUGGCUUCAACGGAACAGCAGGUGUAUGGAGAAUAGCAGCGUUGAAUGAUGCAGGAGGAUGGAAAGAGCGUACGACAGUGGAAGACAUGGAUCUGGGUUGCCGAGCUGGUAUCAAAGGCUGGAAAUUUGUGUUUCUUGGUGAUGUCAAGGUGAAAAAUGAACUACCAAGCAGUUUCAAGGCAUACAGAUUCCAGCAACACAGAUGGUCAUGUGGCCCUGCCAAUCUUUUCAAGAAAAUGGCCAUUGAGAUCAUGACAAACAAGAAAGUGUCGAUAUGGAAGAAAGUGUACCUCAUAUACGCCUUUUUCUUCGUCAACAAAAUCGUUGCACACAUUGUCACCUUCACCUACUACUGCCUCGUUUUGCCUGCAACUGUUUUGAUCCCACAAGUCCAAGUUCCCAUUUGGGGAGCUCUUUACGUCCCUUUAGCUGUGGCUGUUCUCAAUGUUCUUCCCACCCCCAGAUCAUUCCAUUUGGUGGUUUUAUGGAUGCUUUUUGAGAAUGUUAUGUCCCUUCACCGGACUAUUGCAACGUUCAUCGGCCUUCUUGAAGUCGGGAGAGUCCAUGAAUGGGUUAUCACUGAGAAGCUUGGCAGUGCCCUCAAGGCUAAAACGGGGUCUAAAGCUUUAAAGAAGCUUCCUCGUUUUAGAAUUGGAGAAAGGUUGCAUUUGUUGGAGAUCAUUGUUGGAUUCUACCUCCUAUUUUGUGGGUGGUACAACUUUUGUUUCGGAGACAACUAUUAUUUUGUAUAUUUGUUUCUCCAAGGAUUGUCAUUCUUAGUCAUAGGAUUUGGUUACGUUGGUGCAUUUGUCACAACUUCUUAGCUCAGGUUUGGGAGAUUGAGAACUUGU